AUGUCACCAUUCGAUCGUGGCGGCGGACCUUCGGAUAGAAAUCAACGCUGGAAGCCAUCUGACAAUACAUUUUUUGCUUGCACACAAGAGCAGACAAGGCUGUUCAACGCCCACAGACAUUUUGAAGCUGCCAUAACUGCUAGAGUAUUGCAAGUGUCUGGCUUGGAUAAGUUUUUGCCUCCAUCAAAGCAGAUAUUCAAUAAACUGGAACCACAGUUCUCCUCAGUAAAACCUGUCUGUGGGUGGACCCGGAUGGAAGGACCAGCACCAAUCAGCAUAGGGCUCCGGCAGGUGGCAGUCCAGAGUGGCGUUCUGGUGUCCUCCUGGGGAUGCAUUGCUUUGCUCCACCCUAUCAUGCACUCUGCGCUGCUCCUUAGCUUUAUUGCUUUGUCUCGCCUGCACCUUGGUUGGCUGUUUUGUUGCACCUGCCACAUGCUCCUGACGGGCUGCAGAAGGGAUACAGCUGCUGGCCAGAAGUCAUCGGAGAAGCGAAAGAGCACGGGAGCAUUCCGCUGCUUAAGUGAGAGAUGCUGGAGCCACCUGCGGCUUCGCUAUUGGCAUUGUGUUUUCUACUUGUUUUUGCUUCUAGUAGCCUUCUGGGUUGCCUCAGUUGUGCAAGAAGAUUCUCAUGAGGGGCUGCAAUCGUCGCAAGUCGGAGGUGGUUCUCACAGUUCAGUGCAUUCUUGGCGUGAGAACAGCCUGCCUUCCCUGUUGCUUAACUCGGACUGUUCACAACACUUCAAGAUUGCAGCCAAAGCCGUGAUUAGAGGCCGCGACAUGUCGGACCAACUUCUGUCGCUGCUGCAUUCCUGGGCAAGCCAACAGUAUGUGAAACUGAGUGUGUGGUUUCGAACGGGUUUACUGAUGCUGGAAAACGUUACACUAAAACCGUGCAUGUCGUUGCUUCGCCAAGUUGGCCUGUUGCCAAGCAUCAACGAGACAACUGCUCCAGAAGUUUGCAACUCGACAGCCCGCAACGCAGGCUGGGACUGGUGGUGGGUUCAGUGGUUGACCGUCAAGCAUAGCAUGAUACACAGUUUUCCGAUCGUUUCACACAGCUUUGUUCAUGGGAAAAAUGGAGACAGGACUAGCUGGAAUAUUCGAGAGCUUCCGGAGUGGCACGAUAUGCUGUCGGAGCCCAUGUUGAAGUUUGGGGAAAAUGGGGACAUAGUAGAAGAGGGAUCAUACUGCGCUGUGCUAUCACUUAUGCUCCUGUAUUUCUUUUCCUCAAUCAUUUAUCGGGCGUGUCUUGCCAUUCCUGCAGUAGUUAUGCAGAUCCUAGAAGCGAUUGGUUUUAGCAUGUCAGGUUAUACCUCACGAAAUUGGGGAAGCCUCCUGGUUAUUACCUUCAAAAGUGCUGCAGCUUCGUUUGCAGUAACACUUGUGAUUUCGUUUUUCUGUAUAGCGGCGGUGACUGCUUUAACGGGCUUCCGUGUCAUUGGCUUGUUGGGGCGUGUCCUCAAAAAAUCUUGUAUCAACAGCAGUGACGUUAGCAGCAACCGAACUGCCCUAGCAAGCGAUCACUUAGUGAAAGCCGAUAUGACUAGGGGUGCUGAAGUUCUGGAGAUGCUGGCAGCAGUUUUGACUUGCUGGAUCAUAUUACUGUCGGACCGCAAAUACGUCAUGUAUUUUUGGGCUACAAUGCAACCGCUCCGGCUUUUUGUAUUGUAUAUUGUAAUGCUGCUGCGGCUGCCAUCUGCACAAGUUGCCCUUUUAAUGUCGUUGCCAGCUCCUCUGAACAAGCCAGAUACGGUGCUGCAGCGCUCUCAGCCCCUCCGAAUCAUAGAUCCCGUGGCUGUUGGUUCCAUGCUGGGAUGCAUCAUCGCUGCUGCGACAUUGGCCUGUAUGCGGCAACUGACUACCACACUGGGAUCUUCCGUCAAAAAAUCAAUGUCCUCACAUGCACUGCUUGUGAAGAAUAGUCUUCGAUCCCUUUGCUACACUCGAGGCAAGUGGACAUUUCGCAACACGUCAAAUAGGAACGAAGGACAACUCCCUCUUCUGCACGAACCUCUGGAGAAAAGCCGGGUAUUCUCGCGUGCUCAGAAACAUUUGAACGAGGAGAAAGUCGAACUUGUCUUUGGUGGGGAGCAUAUAAGCAAGCUGGGGUGCGAGUCGCAAGACGAAGCAGCGACAUUACACCCGGAAAAUCUGACCAUUCUCACACGAUGGCCAAUGUGCAACGAGCUUACAAAGUUUUACUUGGUGGAUCUAGUACCUGCUGGCGAGAUAUUGCAAUGUCAGUGGCCCGUUAGAGACGAAAUACCAAAGCUUCUAGUGUGUAAACAACUUUCCCGAGAAAUACAGGAACAGCAGAGGCCAGCCCAGCAGGGAGUCUGGUGUAUGCAACGCUUGAGGGGUCCGAAGAGUCAGUUUGGCGAGCUGCACUACCAACGCUGUGAUAUACAAAGUAAACUAGUUGGCCAGGGAAGGCAGCAGGGCAACGAUUCGAAUGCUGGCAUGACGAGCCACCUAUAUAUGUGGAAGGAAAAGCAUACAACGGCAUCCGUUAAGCGAGGAGGAUUGUGCGUAGAAAUCGAUGUUGCAGUGAAGAAAGUAAAUAAUGCGAUCGAUUUGAAAGAAAGGUUCGAGCAGCAUUUGAGAGAAUCAAGGGUUCGUUGCAAUUCCUUGGGAGCUCAAGCAUACCACAUUGUCCAAGAACUUAAAAAGCAGACAGAGAACCUUUCUAAGAAAAUAAACGAGACACGUUACCUCAGAAACAGACUGAACAGAACACUAGGCAGCGACUGGAAAUUUGGACAAGUUCAGGACCAUUAUAUCCAUGACGCUUUUCAUAAAGAAAAGCAUAAUCAGCAGAAUUUCUACCGCGAAACGUUGAAAUCAACAGAGCAGCUUACAUUCAGACUGGUACAAAACGUGCGACACGAUAUACAUUUGCUAAAUAAACGCAAGGGCCAGUUGGUUCAUCAUGGAUUUUUCGCAGAAUUUCAGCUUUCUCACGAGGCUUCCAAAUGCAGCGGAAACAAUAUUUGUGAAGUUUCCGCGCCGCAACCGAGCAAAUAUACACUUGCAGAACUAUCGCAUUACGCAACUGCUCCUCAAAUAGGUGCCUGUUUACGAAGCACCGCCUCACAACUACAGACACCCAAAGAUGGGCUAGCAUUCUUACAUAAACAACAUCCUGCUGAGUUUAACAAGCCGUACGACACUGAAGUGCUCUUGGAAGAGGCUGACCGGCUAGAAAGAGCAUUGCAAGUUAUUGGCAGCCGCAUCUUCUCAUUGCGUAUGGUAUUAUACAAUAUUGAGCUUCCACAGUCCACUCUCGAUGCUGCGAGGAAGCUGUAUAGAGCUCCUGGUUACCUAGGAUCAGAUAGCGCGCAGCUUCGUCGAGUGUUGUUUCGCCGAAGCAAAUGCAGCUGGAUUGGGGAUUCAGAGAGUCUGGCGUCGACCCUACAUGUGUUGAAGCGCGCUUGGCCAUCUGAGGAAUUCUGCAACCGUUUGUUACGGCGAUCAGGCCACGCAAAGGACUUGUCGCUGUUAGAACAAAAGUUUCUGCCACUGGCACAACUUCCACAAGGCCGCCAGCGCGUGGCCAUAGUGCUGUUUCUAUUAGGCCUUGAAACUCAGUGGCAAAAGGAGUGUCGACGUCUGAAUAAACUAGAAGAAGGUCUAGGAAAUAUUCGGCAGUCAAAUAUGCUUAAAAUUCUCUUUAAAACCUGUGUCGAAGUCUAUUCAGAGAUGAGCACACGGAUCUCAUACAUGAAUUCUCUGGAGAUGGAAAAUUCUCCAUCGGCGAGUGAUAUUAAACACAAGCAAGUAGAGCGUCCAUGCUCUUUGUCAAACCAGGGACAGCGAACAAACUGCGGGCUGGAAAGUGUGCUGGAUCAAUUCAGCAUCUGGAAGGGCAACGGGGAUUUCAACCUAGGGUGCUUAAGAGAUGCAGCGAGCAUUACUUCCUCCCUGCUGCAUGGAUUCUCUCUUUUGCAAGUAGUUCUGCACAGAAGUUUUCUAGAUCUUCGUGGAACCGGUGUGCCGUGUGGUAGCUACAAAAUUUCAAAUAGUAAAUACGAACCUAACUACCACCCACUGAAUAUCCCAUACCUCUAUGCGGCAGAGAUUCAUGGAAGUUCCAUGUUGACUGGAGCGGAGGUGGCAAAUAGCAAGUGUACUCAAUCUAGGGGCCUUUCGUCCUCCCACAACUGUAGCUGCAUUUGCUGUUCGGACACGGGUCCACCAAGCCUUAGUAUUCUACUAAAGUGGCAGAAAAAGCAGAAGCUGAUAAAGGAUCAGAGAAUGCACAGACAAGCAUCAAAGAAGCCAUUGAACCCUUCAAAAAUGGCUCAUCCAACGAAGUACACAAAAACGGAUUUGCAUAAUGAGAGCGACGAUGUGUCUGCCAGAGAGGGCCUAGAGGAGGCAAUGGCAGUUGCUGCCUCCGGAGAGCCUGGAAUGCUGUGCAGGCCGUUUGGUGGUUGUGCAACUCUGCUCUGUUGGAUUACAGUAACGCUAUACUACAAAGCGCUGAGGAACCGCCAUAAAAGGGUCGCUAAGCUAGGCAGGAAUGUCCAAGAGUACUUCACGGAGUUAUUCUCACCAUUAUUUGCUGACUUUAUUUCUCACCCAGCAAAAUUACCCGCUCCAGAUGAUUCCUUGGCUGUCCACAAAGUUAGUUCCGCGAGCUACACCCAGAGAGAUACGGAACAGGGUCUGGAAAUGGCGUGCCAGCUAUUGAAGACAGUUCACAGCACUGGCUUACUGAUAAGAGAUGCAUGGUCAGUUAUUCUGAUUUUUGUAAAGUGUGAGCCUGUGGUUGCGUUUGUCUCCCAGACUUUUUCCAUUUCUAUGCCAUUGACCUCCGAGAAUUGUCCACAUAUGCUAGCGAAAUAUGCUGCGCUUGCAGCAGACGCGGCAGUUAGAGCUCAAGAGAGUGUGGCGCGUAGCACGACCAUGACGGCGGCGCCGGUAGUAGUCUGUUGCCAAUGCCAAGUAAAGCUAGUUGCUUACUUCGAGGGAAGAAGAGGAAUGGAAUUGUACCUUGAAAGUAGCUCUACUGCAGCCACAGCAACACCACAGUGA